AUGCGACCAGAAAGUACACGCAAGUUUGUGCACAGGGGACUGUACGUACCUGAUGGGCCCCAAGAAGGACGAAACCGAUCGUGGACUGUGGAAGAGUUUUCAGCAACCUUAGAGAUUCCAAGCUUCUGGACACUUCAACAACCUCAUCACCAUCCUCAUCAUCAUCGUCACCAUGAUGAUGAUGAUGACGAUGAUGAUGACGAUGAUGAUGAUGAUGGUUAUGAUGAUGAAGAUGAUGAAGAUUAUGAGGACGAUGAUGUUGUUGAGGAAGAUAUUCUUGAGGAUGACAAUGAUGACGAUGAUGAUGGGGAUGAUGUUGAUGAUGAUGAUGAGGAGGAUGACGAUGUUGAUGGUGAUGAUGACGAUGACGACGAUGAUGGUGAUGAUGAUCAUCACCAUCAUCACUGCCGGACAACCAUGAUUGAUGUGAAAGCCCUGUUGUCAAGAAAAGAGCAAAGGUGGACAGGGAAGGGACUUAGUGCUAGCUUACCUCAAUCAUUCCGAGGUGCCUACACCUCCAGACAUUCACUCAGGCAAUCUGAUAGAAACUUACGACAAGAACGCCACUGA